GGUUAUUAUCAGAUGAUGUAGGUCUAACCCAAGUAUUUUUUUGCAGCUGGGUAGAAAAAACGCAGCUAUUCGCGUUAGAAACGCUUUGUCAUGUUUCACAGUCGCCCUCGUUCGCGCGUGCGCGACAACAAUCGUUAGUCAGCAGUUCUCUGACAGCUGCUGACCGGAUGCAGUUGUUUUACAACGACUCGCUGCUCUCUGUCAGUCACGCACGAAUACGCACACUCGUGUCUCUUCUAGCUGAGCUUGUGUGUCAGGGUGCUUUCUCCCCUCCGCUGUUUUUGUUCUUGUUGUGAACAUGUCUGUCAAUAAAACCUACGUUAGCAUCGGCUAUGCCUCGUUCGGUGUGCUCGUGGGCUUUUCUGCUUUCCUGGUGUGGAACAUCGUGUUCAAACAGCCGUGGACUGCUGCCAUGGGAGGACUGUCAGGUGUACUGGCACUUUGGACCCUGAUCACUCACGUCAUGUACCAGCAGGACCACUGGAGGACCUGGCUAAAAGGCCUCAAGUUCUUCUUCUUCAUCGGGGUCCUCUUCUCUCUGUUAGCAGUCGUGGCCUUCUUCAGUUUCCUGUCUAUUGCCAUCGACAAAAAGGAGUCCCUGAGUGACCCUCGGAGUCUCUAUCUGUCCUGCGUGUGGAGCUUCAUGAGCUUAAAGUGGUCCUUCCUGCUCUCCCUGUCCGCUCACCGCUACCGCAAAGAAUUUGCCGACAUUAGCAUUCUCAGUGACUUCUAAGGGCACCCUAACAUCCCGACGUGACAACACAGACUUUGGGUUGACUUUGAGUCCAAAGGCAAUGAAAGACAUUUCAAGAGGAAUCAGGGGAAGGUUUGGAAUACUUUGCGUUGCUGAUGGAACCCUGUUUGUGGUUACUCCCUUGCCGUCUUGGCCCAAACCUCUUCAAACUUUUUUUUUUAGAAUUUUUUGUGCUAUUUUUUUUUAUUGCCAACAAAUACAGCCCUAUUUUUAAAGAUGUUUGAUACAUUUUCCUUCCCUUAGCCGCCUGCUGAGUCAUGUAUUCGUACAAUUUCUUCACAACAAAAUGGAUCCAAAAUAUGCUCAUGUUUUUCGUGAUUCAGUGAACGGAAUUAAUGGUGGUCAUUGGUAAUUGUCAAUAGCAGUUUCAUACCAUAGCCCCUAGAGGACACUGUCAUUCCAACAGUUAACAGCCUGCCACAGUACAGGAUGUGUAUUUGACGUCCCGACGUCUUUGUAUCAUUUAAAAAACAAUUAUUGUUCAAUGAAUGAUACAAUGUGGCACAAAUAGCUGUUAAAUGGAUGGAAUCGGCAUAUCGAAGAGCCUCACUGCGUAUGGUGAAUAUGUGAUAUACAGUAUAUCCAAGGACCUCGGAGUGUGUCGGGGUCUCGCAGAGGGCAGGCCAACCAAAAUUCUGCCGCAUGGCCACGAAUGCGUUCAUGUAACACACACCAUAUGUUCUGGUUUGAUGUGUCUGUGAACCAUGAACGGGGCAUUUUUAACGUAAAGAAUCAUUUUUGUAUUAUUGUUGAUCGGUGUAAGUAUGAACAGGAGGCUCAUUGAUGGCUUUAAUUCGUGACAGCAGUGACACCACCGGUGUGCGUGUAUGUCGCUUUACAUUAUUUAGUCGUCAUCCGAACUAUUAAUGACACUUAUAUUUCUCUUGUAUGAGAUUAUUUUGCUGUAUUUUCUUAUAUCUUUGUACAUGUUAGAAAUGUAGAAUGAAUGAACACAAGGCGUUGUGUUUGUGUUUCUGAGUCAUGUUAGUAAAAUGUUCUUGUAGUCCAUCCCUUGUGCAUUGUUGUGGAUAACAACUGUUUUUCUUUUUUUGUUGUUGUUUUUUGGAACAGUUUCUGUUCCCCGAAAACAUUACGUUUCUAACGAAUUUCCUUUAUUGUUAUUUCAUGUAGCAUGGGAAAGUGACACAGUGGCAGAGUGAAGGUGCUGCACAUCCUUCUUCCUACCAACCACAGGUCAGUAGGGUCAGUGUUGGCCAUAAGAGUGGGAUUUGCACCACGAGAGGAAGAAACCACUUUCCCAGCCCACCCAAGCCACAAUGCUAAAGGAAAAAACACCCCACAGCAUUGAAAUCUCAACUGUGAAUGCAGGUCAAUAAGCUGUGCUUUGAAGUCAGGCAAUUAUUCCAUCCAUUCACAUUUUUAUUCUGCUCCUCAAAGGGAAGGUUUGGGGGGUUGGGUGCAGAGAAGUUUUAGUGUAUGACAUUUUUUAAGGCAGCUGCCUGAUAGGAGGACUUUGAACUUGAUGUGAAAAAUAUGUGCAUUUUGUGCAUUUAAACCUCAUUUACAGGACAAUAUCUCGUGAAGAAAUGGGUCUCUCGAGUGCUGCAGCUGCUCCAGAGUGUAACGGAAAGUGAAUCUGAAUAGCGUUUCUUUAUUUACCAGAAGUAUCAGUAACUUUGAUCCUUAAGAAGCCACUAUCAUUAUUUUUCUCUCGUUGUUGCUUUCCUGCAUCCUUCCUCAGUGUUUUAAGUACAUGUUUGGUGGUAAUUAUCUUAAUUGCAUUAGACUGGUUUGUUUGUAAGCUCCCAGAGUCUCAUUGCAUCACGGUAAUUGCGAUGUUGUGGAUAAAUCACCAUGGCAACAUUUUUUAUCUCGCCGUUAUAGAGUUCGAUAUUAAGAAACUGAAAAACAAUCUGGCUUACUGAGCCCUGAGCAAGCUGGGGGCUUUUGGAACCAAAAGCGUCCUAUUAAGUUUAUAUACCAGCCUGUAAAACGUGUGUGUGUGCAUGUGUGUGUGGUAUGUUAAGAGAGGGUUUUAUUCAAUUAUGGGACUCCUUUCUACCGAAAUCAAGGGAGGAAGUUGUCUCAAGUGUUGACUGGCAGUCUGGUAGAGUGCGGUGAGACUGGAAUCUAAAGUUUAGACAUUCAACAUCCUUAACAUCCUGGAUAAUUAGAUAGUAAAGAGCAACGGCAGCUUAAUCACAAUCUAUAACAAACAACAUAAAGGGCAAAAUUAUUCCUUUGUAUUGUACACACGCACACCUUUAAAGCAGAUGAUGUCAUGAUGAAAAUAACACAAAUGCACUGAUUCCUCCCAUCUAUAAUCUGUGUUUACUCGCUGAUACGUCAAAAUGAGUAGUGACUCGGUCAACAAUUUUCACACAAUUAUUCUACUUUAUACCCCCACCAUUGCAUCUCAAAUUAGGUCAUUAUUCUCAACUAUAAUUUUUGAAAAAUUUACAGACUCGUCUGUACAUUAAGAAGAUGAGAAUUUGUGUGUUUUGUAAAAUCUGGUUCCUUUUUUACGAUAUGAUGCAUUGUUAUAGAUUAAACUACUACUACUACUAA